UCCGCCCGCCCGGGACACGCCGAGGGAGAAGGACGGGCGGCCCCGGGCCCCGGGCCCCGGCGGGAAGAUGACGGAGUACAAGCUGGUGGUGGUGGGCGCGGGCGGCGUGGGCAAGAGCGCCCUGACCAUCCAGCUGAUCCAGAACCACUUCGUGGACGAGUACGACCCCACCAUCGAGGACUCGUACCGGAAGCAGGUGGUGAUCGACGGGGAGACCUGCCUGCUGGACAUCUUGGACACGGCGGGGCAGGAGGAGUACAGCGCCAUGCGCGACCAGUACAUGCGGACGGGCGAGGGCUUCCUCUGCGUCUUCGCCAUCAACAACGCCAAGUCCUUCGAGGACAUCCACCAGUACAGGGAGCAGAUCAAGCGGGUGAAGGACUCGGACGACGUGCCCAUGGUGCUGGUGGGGAACAAGUGCGACCUGCCCACGCGGACGGUGGAGACGCGGCAGGCCCAGGAGCUGGCCCGCAGCUACGGCAUCCCCUACGUGGAGACCUCCGCCAAGACGCGCCAGGGCGUGGAGGACGCCUUCUACACGCUGGUGCGGGAGAUCCGGCAGCACAAGCUCCGCAAGCUCAACCCGCCCGACGACGGAGGGCCCGGCUGCAGCAACUGCAAGUGCGUCCUCUCCUGACCCAGCCUCCGCGCCCGGGCCCGGGGCCGUGAAGGC